AUGGACGCGACAAAACAAGCCAUUCAAGGCGUGGUUGAGAUCCAUCGCUCUUCGCCCGAGAACCAUCCUGCUUGUGAAACGGUAUCAAAUUAUGAGCAAGCACCAUACUCUCUCCCAAUCAAGCCGAAUGAAAAUGACCCGUCAGAGCAAAAGGAGGGUGACGUUGUCGGCGAGGCUCCGUACAGCGUCCUCCCUCAUAGCGAGAAAGCGUUCGUGAUCGUCGUUGGGUCCUUCGCCGCACUGAUUUCUCCGCUGUCGAGCAGCGUGUAUCUUCCGGCACUGAACUCUCUUGCUCGGGAUAUGGACGUUUCUGUCUCCUUGAUCAACCUCACUAUCACGACCUACCUAAUCUUCCAGGGCUUGGCGCCAUCCUUUGUCGGAAGCUUGUCCGAUGGCCAUGGCAGGCGACCUGCUUACAUUGCCGCCUUCAUUGUUUACCUCGGUGCCAACAUUGGCCUUGCGCUUCAGAACAGCUACCCGGCAUUGAUGGCCUUGCGUUGUCUCCAAUCAGCCGGUAGUAGUGGGACGAUUGCCCUGGGCAGUGCUGUAGUAGCUGACCUGACCACACGCGCAGAGCGAGGAAAAUACAUCGGGUAUGCUAGUAUGGGGAUUUCUCUGGGUCCUGCUCUCGGGCCAAUUAUUGGUGGACUUCUGGAUCAUUUUCUGGGAUGGCGGUCCAUCUUCUGGUUUCUCGUGAUUCUCUCGGGAGUCUGUUUCAUCGUCAUUCUUCUCGUUUUGCCUGAGACGUGCCGCGCUGUAGUUGGCAAUGGUUCCGUGAUUCCACCUCCGGGGAACCGCCCUCUUUGGGUCAUUUUGGCACCUAAAUUGCGAUCUCGGCGAGAUGAGAGGUCCCCAGACCCGACAACCAUCCAGAAACCCAAGCGGCGACCGAAUCCGAUCUCCUCAUUACUUAUUCUCGCCCAGAAGGAAGCUGGAUUGAUUUUGCUGUAUGGGGGGCUGCUGUUCUCGGGCUACGUGGCUGUUCUGAGUACGCUUUCGACCCAACUGAGCAGCCGCUUUGGGUUCAACUCCAUCCAAAUCGGACUGUGUUAUCUUCCAAUUGGACUUGGCAGUAUCAGCUCUCGCUGGACUGUUGGAACCCUGCUAGAUUGGAACUUUCGAAGGGAAGCACACCUUCAGGGUAUGGCCAUCCACAAAAAUCGACAACAAGACAUCGAAAAUUUCAACAUUGAACGAGCUCGGCUGGCUAUUGCACUACCCAUGAUCUAUGUGGGGUCACUCAGUGUCCUCGCCUAUGCCUGGGUGAUGCAAUACCACACGUCGCUCGCUGGUCCCAUUGUGAUGCUGUACUUCAUGGGUCUCACCACAAGUGGUUCGUUCAAUACACUGAACACGCUGGUGGUGGAUGUGAAUCAUCAGAGCGCUGCCACGGCUGUGGCUGCUAGUAAUCUUUGUCGGUGCUUCAUGGGUGCUGGUACCACUGCGUUUGUGGGCCCCCUGAUCGAUGCCAUUGGCAUUGGCUGGACUGGAACUAUCGUGGCUGCUCUCUGGGGCCUGUUCAGUCCUAUGCUGUGGCUUAUUUUUCUGCGUGGGCAUUCGUGGAGGCAGGAGCAGGCGGCUCGAGAACAGCAGAGGGAGAACGCAAGUGAGGACCCACAAGCCAGACCUGACCUUGAGAAGGGAAGUAGAGAAGUUCAGUCAUAA